AUGUCCUCAAGUUCCCAUUCUCCACCACAAAGUGAUCAGUCAGACGAAGAUUCUAAAGACUCGAUUUCAUCUGAAUACGCUGAAGCAAGUCAACUGCACAACACCAGCCAAAUAGCAUUGACACAAAAAAGUUUCUACAGAGUUAACUCUUUAACAUCACACGGCGUUGAAGAUAUACUCUCAGAACCCAAUAGCUACAACACACAAGAGAAUAAUUAUCAAGAUUGUAAAACCGAAGUGCUUUCGUCAAUCUCAAAUCCUUUCGUUCCAGAUUAUAAUUCAAGAGAUUCGACAGGAUUUAGUAUUCAUGACAUACUUGGUCUUCAACAAGCCUACAACGUGGCCAAUACUCAAGACGAAUUAGAAUCCCGAUAUGAGUAUCAAAUACCGAACUAUGAUAAUAUAAGCAAUAGUUCUCAAAAUAAUUAUGGAUCAGGACCUGAAGAGAGAAUUCCUGACCAUUCGAUACCAAAGAGUGCAGAUAUUUUCAAUGUAACCGAAUCAGAACUUCGAAAUGAAGUUGUGUUUCAAAGGAAUUACUCAAAUAACGAAACUAUUUGUUGUCACCAAAGAAGUGAUUUGGACAAUGAUGUUGUAAAUAACGCUGAAAGGGAAGAAAGCGAUAUUAACGAAUCUAGUUUUCCCGGACAGGAUCAUAAAUUGAGCCACAGUCGUGGUUGCGGAGGUCAUGACAGACAUAGACGUUUACUUACCGAAAGCCAUGCAAGUCAUCAUAAAAUGUAUCUUCCAACCAACGAUGCUAUACCAAGACCUCCCGAUUAUUCUUCAAUUAGUCCGAUUAAAUCAGUCAUUAAACCAAGUUCUCAGAGCACUAUAGAACUGCCAGCGUAUACACCAAACUUAUCUUACUCGUCCUACUACACAGGAGCAAGCCGGAGCGGUUACUCACCGAUAUCUGAGGUUUAUCGAUACAACAGCGAUGAAUCAUUGCAGCAAACUUCUCACACAUUGUCGUUAUUACAAUCGGAUAGUUACGUACCUAAUGGUAUGAAUCUAAAACUCGCCGAAGACAUGACUCGAUGCCAAACUGGGUCUCCAUAUUAUAAUACGCUUUCAAACGGAGUUGUUAUGCAUAUUCCAACUACAGAUGCAUAUGGUUACGCCAGCACUAUUCCUGCUCUUUCAGCAUCUGCUUACGAAGAUAAUACCGUUCACACAAGAUCAAGCGUAUCUCAAGAUCCUUACUUUGCGUAUUUAUCAUCGACAGAUACAUCUAACCAACAAACAACUUCGACAGCUAACAAGUUUUCUUCGUAUAUUUCACUUUAA